AUGGAAAAUUCGGAAAAAAGUCAACGCGAUACCAUAAAAAUAACUUGGCGUCUUAUCUUCAGGGAAAUACAACCAUUAUUUAGAGAAAUUGUGGAAAAGUUUGAGCUUUUACAUAAAUUUGAUGAAAAAGAAAAUGAUGUUGUCGAUAAAAUGUGGAAUGUGUACAAACUUUGCAAUGAUCAAAUCAGGAAGUGUAUUCUUAUAUUAAUAGAAAUGUUCAACCAUAAAAAGGCUCACAAUUAUAUUAAUAAGGAAAGCUUACAAUGUAUUCUGGAACGUCUAUCUUGUUGCCAUCAGAAGUUACAAUCAAUCAAUUCACAUGUAGAUACACUAUUUGGUACCAGUCAUAGCAUCACCGACGACUCCAUAAAUAUCAACACUAUGUAUUUUGUUAAUUGGAUAGAUCAGACAUUUGAUAUUCUCAAUAAUCUUUCAAAUACAGUUUAUGAAACAGAUUACAAAAUCUCUGAGGAACAUUACGAGCAAUGGAAAGAAAAUCUUGUAAUAUGUGUUAGUGGAAUUCAUACAUGUAUAGAUGAAAUGUUGCUAUCAGCUAUGACUCUUUGUAAAUACUGUCUGCCGAUGGAUCAGCAUAUUGUCAAGGCUCGAUGUCAAGUGGUGCUAAGAGAAACAAAGGCCCUCUUAUCUGACCUAAUAAAAGGUGACUUAGAUUCCGUAUUUCAUGCUUCCAAGGAGAAUUUAAUUCUGCCAAUAAAACCGUCGAAUAUUAAUGUACUAAUAGAUGUGUUAAAGGAUGUUCUAUAUGUACUAGAAACAAACACAAACACAGCACUAUUGGCGCUCCUCAUCCAUUGUUUCUCGUACAAUAUAUGUCCGGUUGAGAAAUUGAGAGACCAUUUUGUUAACAAAUGUGCCUGCAACGAAGAAUGUGAUUUUGUAAAGGAGUUUGAUGUUUAUAAUGAACGGCUGAUGCAAAUUGGAUCUUUUGCUAUAUCAUGUUCGUCUGAUGAAAAUAGAGUUCUAAGCCUUCGUAGUGGCUUAGCAAGUAUAGAAGGCCUGGAUUCACAUUUAGUUCCCGCGGUGAUGGUAGCACCGUUGAGCUAUAACGCAUCGUUAUUGGUUAACAUUUGGAAACGGGAAGUUGCUGAUAUAAGGGAUCAGGUGUUUCUUAUUGUUGAUCCGACAGCUUUUGCGCAGAGAGCAAAGCAAAUGAUGCACAGUUCCUUACUUGAGAUUAUAAAAGAUAAAGUUUACAACAACACUAAAGUGUGUGGUGUGAUCAACACUGGUUGUGUGUUAAGUGAUUUUUUUCACGUGUAUCGAACCAACGAACCGGACGCUCUGACGCAUCAUGAUAAGCUGCUACCAUUGAUAAGUGACUUGGAUAAAGUGAUUCCAGAAUGCAAAAUUGUCAGUAAUAUGUUGGCAACACACGACGACUUUAAAUACAAAACGAAAAUCACAGACUCAAAAGCGACUUUCGAACAAUUAAUUAAAAGAUUAAAACUCCUCUAUACAAUAGUGAACAAAAUAAAUUGUCUAUUAUCACCCGAAGAAGAUAUUUUUGAGGAAUCGAUUAAAAAUGAGACUUUCUCAGUGGCUAAGACAAUGAAUAAGAAAACGAUGAAUUUGACUAAAAUGUUUCGGACGAAUGUUAAGUCGUCUACGGCGAAGUUUCCUUUGGCGGUUUUGACUAAAAAUUUCAAGGCGAAGACGGAACUGAGUUUUUCAUUGAAAUUGGAUGAAAUAUGUGAUAUUUCGGAUAUAAAGGGCCGAAACACGUCGAUUUUAUAUUCGCCGAUGAAAAAGGGCUCAUUACGAAAAGCUUUAUUGAGUCGAUGUAUGAAAGUGGAAAAUGUAGCACAUCCUAAUGAGGAUGAAGAAGACGAAAUGCUCAGCUUGCAAAUAACGGAUGUUUUAAACGACUUAAACAAUUUGACAAAAUCAAGACGAAUGAUGAACGUAACGUAUAACGAUAAUGAUUUAACGAAUGAUCUAAAAUUAUCAGUUAACGAAACAGUUACGAAUAUAACGUAUGAAAUGGACGAGCCGUCGAAUAUAGGAACUCUGGAAAGGAUUAAUGAUCUGAAAUUGGUGACUAGUAGACUGAGUGACUUAAAAUCCGCACAAGAGACCAGCCUUUAA